CGGACGUUAGCUCCUCAACGUGCGCCAUUGAAAUCAAACGUAGCCCAGACGGCUGGGGGGGGGCAGUUUCUCUUCAUUUUUUCACUCACUAACUAGCAGCCCUCUCUUGUCUUCAGUACACGAAAACAUUUCUUUAAACAAUGGAGACUAUUUUAGAGCAACAGCGUCGCUAUCACGAGGAGAAAGAGAGGCUAAUGGAUGCUAAGACGAAAGAAAUGCUACACAAGAAGUCCACGCUGCGAGACCAGAUUAACUCUGACCAUCGAACAAGAGCAAUGUUGGAUAGGUAUAUGGAAGUGAGCGCAAAUCUCAGAGACUCCUAUGAAGACAAAGAUGGAAUGAGGAGGGAUGAACUCGCCGCCAUCUCGGGACCAAAUGAGUUUGCAGAGUUCUACAACAGACUGAAACAGAUAAAGGAGUUUCACAGAAAGCAUCCAAAUGAGAUUUCCAUCCCCAUGUCUGCAGAGUUUGAAGAGCUGAUGAAGGCCAGAGACAACCCGAGCGAGGAGGCUCAGAACCUGGUGGAGUUCACUGAUGAGGAAGGAUACGGCCGUUACCUCGACCUGCACGACUGCUACCUGAAGUACAUCAACCUGAAGGGAGCUGAGAAACCUGAGUAUAUCACUUACCUGUCUUCAUUCGACCAGCUGUUCGACAUCCCCAAGGACAGGAAAAAUGCUGAAUACAAAAAGUAUCUGGAGAUGCUGCUUGAAUACCUGCAGGACUACACGGACAGGGUCAAACCUCUGCUGGACCAGAACGAGCUCUACGGCAAAGUGCUGAUGGACUUUGAGAAAAAGUGGGAUAACGGGACGUUUCCAGGCUGGCCCAAAGAGACGAGCAGUGCUUUGACUCACGCUGGAGCUCACCUGGACCUUUCUGCCUUUUCUUCCUGGGAGGAGUUGGCCUCGUUGGGUCUGGACAGGCUGAAGUCUGCUCUCAUGGCGUUGGGACUGAAGUGUGGAGGGACUCUGGAGGAGAGAGCGCAGAGACUCUUCAGCACUAAAGGCAAAUCCCUGGAAUCACUGGACCCUUCACUGUUUGCCAAGAAUCCCAAAGCCAAAGGCCCUAAAAAAGACACGGAGCGCAACAAGGAAAUUGCCUUCCUGGAGGCCCAGGUGUAUGAAUACGUGGAGAUCCUCGGGGAGCAGAGGCAGCUGACCCACGAGAACGUGCAGAGGAAGCAGGCCAGGACUGGGGAGGAGCGCGAGGAGGAGGAGGAGGAGCAGCUCAGCGAGAGCGAAAGCGAAGACGAGGACAACGAAAUCAUCUACAACCCCAAGAACCUGCCGCUGGGCUGGGACGGCAAGCCGAUUCCGUACUGGCUUUAUAAACUCCACGGGCUGAACAUCAACUACAACUGUGAGAUCUGUGGAAACUACACCUACAGGGGCCCCAAAGCCUUCCAGAGACACUUUGCGGAGUGGCGGCACGCUCACGGUAUGCGCUGUCUCGGUAUCCCCAACACUGCCCACUUCGCCAACGUCACUCAGAUCGAGGACGCCGUCUCCCUGUGGGCGAAACUGAAGUCGCAGAAGGCGUCGGAGCGGUGGCAGCCGGACACAGAGGAGGAGUACGAGGACUCGAGUGGAAACGUGGUGAACAAGAAGACGUACGAGGAUCUGAAGAGGCAGGGUUUGCUGUAGAGUCACAGAGGAAACCAAGAGAUGUAACUUCUACGGAGCGUCCUCUAAAAUGUGUUUUUUGUUUUUCUUUUUCGUAAGUUUUUCUUUUUAUUUGUAAGUAGUGAUGUUGUUUUACACGCUGUCCCAUCCUCCAUCCCUCCCUUUGAUAACUUUGUAACGUGGCAACCGAUUAUUACCGUAAUAAAGGCAGAACUUUUGA